GGUCACGCCUACACUGACUUCAGGAAGUCAUGCAAUAUAAUUGUGAGACUUACACAACAAGCUCACGUCUUUACUGCUGACAAUCCUGACAGACCUGGUGCUGUGAAAAGUACCAAAUCGGCAGAAUGGAGCAAGACACACCUGCAUAUCAUGUUCGACCUACAAUCUUUGACUUCCAUGGUGUCUGUAUGACUAAUUUUUUCACUGACAACUGGGAGAAAGUCCAGAACUUCAAAACGAGGCCAGAUGAUAUUCUUAUAGCCACUUACCCUAAAGCUGGAACCACAUGGGUCUCUUACGUCCUUGACCUUCUGUUUUUUGGGAAGAUAUCUCCUGAGCGUCAGACAUACAUCCCUAUACAUGAGAGAGUGCCGUUUCUGGAGAUGUUUGUACCUUCUGUACGUUCAGGAACAGACGUAGCAGACGCGCUCACCACCACUCCCCGUCUCAUUAAAACUCAUCUGCCAGUCCAGUUUGUACCAAAGUCCUUCUGGGAGCAGAAGUGCAGGAUUGUCUACAUGGCCCGUAACGCCAAGGACAGUGCAGUGUCCUAUUUCCACUUUGGUCGCAUGAAUCGUGGACAGCCAGAACCAGGUGACUGGAACGCCUUUCUAAACAGUUUUGUGGAGGGAAAAGUGGUGUUUGGCUCCUGGUACGACCACGUAAAUGGCUGGUGGGAGAAGAAACAGACUUAUUCAAAUCUUCACUAUAUGUUCUAUGAAGAUAUGAUAGAAGACUUUGGCCGAGAGAUUGACAGACUCUGCUCCUUUCUCAGUCUGUCUCCUUCAGCUGAGGAGAAGGAAAAAGUCAUGAUGGGAACAAAGUUUGAAAAUAUGAAACAAAACAAAAUGGCAAAUUAUUCAACGAUUGAAAUUAUGGAUCAGACUGUGUCUCCAUUCAUGAGAAAAGGGAAAGUUGGUGACUGGAAAACCCAUUUUACUGUGGCACAGAAUGAAAUGUUUGAUGAAGACUACAAGCAGAAAAUGAAGAAUCCUGCACUGGAGUUUCAUACAGAGCUUUAAGGAAUCUUGGCCAGACGGUGCACAAUGAAAUCCUCAAUCGAUGUUUGAGUAAUUUGUUUAAAAUGUUGAUUUUUAUUGAGUCACUUGUUCAACUUGUUUAAUAGAUAUGUCAUCCAAUCAAACCAUUUUUCCAUAUUUGCUUACACAAAAAAUUUAAGAACCACACUCAGCAUCAGGCCAUCAUCAUUUGGGAGGCCACCUAUUUUCCAAGAAUGAGGUGGGCGUGGAGGGGGGAAAAUUUUGCAAAGUACGUUUGCUCAGUGGUGAUGAUAAUUGUUAUGGAAAAUGCAAUUUCUGCCUUCUGAUUCUGUGUCUGUAGUAAUAGAGUCUACCUGGUCUCUUUGCAAGCUUGAUUAGCUCCACCAUCACUUCCAGAAUCACUGAAUGUUCAAACAUCUGUCCUAGAGAAUUUGUG